AUGGGGAACCAGGCCGUGGCGGCGGAGGUGGGCCUGCGGCUCGCGCUGUUCGCGGCCUUCCUGGUAACAGAGCUGCUCCCGCCCUUCCAGAGGCUCAUCCAGCCUGAGGAGAUGUGGCUCUACCGGAAUCCGUACGUGGAAGCAGAGUAUUUCGCCACCAAGCCGAUGUUUGUCGUCGCCUUGCUGGCCCCGCUGGCCCCGGUCCUCCUGGCCAGGUGUCUGAAGAAGGCGGACGCAGUGGACAGCCGGCAGGCCUGCCUGGCUGCCAGCCUGGCCCUGGCUCUGAACGGCGUCUUCACCAACACAGUCAAACUGAUAGUGGGGAGGCCACGCCCAGACUUCUUGUACCGUUGCUUCCCCGACGGGCAAGUCCAUCGUGACUUGACGUGCACAGGAAACGAGGACGUGGUGAAUGAGGGCCGCAAGAGCUUCCCCAGUGGACAUUCUUCCUUUGCAUUUGCUGGUCUGGCCUUCGCAUCCUUCUACCUGGCGGGGAAGUUACACUGCUUCACACCACGAGGCCGAGGGGAAUCUUGGAGGUUCUGUUCCUUUCUGUCACCCCUACUCUUUGCAGCUGUGAUUGCACUGUCCCGCACCUGUGACUACAAGCAUCACUGGCAAGAUGUCCUGGCCGGAUCCGUCAUCGGCCUGACGUUCGCCUACGUCUGCUAUAGGCAGUACUACCCUCCCCUGACGGACGCCCAGUGCCACAGACCACUGCAGCGCAGCCCUGCUCUUCCCACCGCGCAAAAGCAGCCUGGCGACCCUCGUCAUUUUGAUGUUUAG